ACAGAAAAUAGCAGAUGUUUGCUAUUUUGUGUUUUUCUGUAUUUUAAACAUUUCUACAAAUUAAAAGUGACAUACAUAUCUAGCCAAAGCCCUUUUAUUGUCCUUAGAAUCAAGUAAGGGGCUAAGGAGACCGCUCAUCGGUUACGGCGCUUACUGCUCUGGCAGAGGACCUGAGUUCGGUCCCCAGCACACACAGGCUGGCUCAGUCCAACCGAAUCUAAUUUUUUUUUUUCGGUUUUUCGAGACAGAGUGUCUUUGUGUAACAGCUUCCCAGGAACUCGCUUUGUAGACCAGGCUGGCCUUGACACAGAGAUCCACCUGCCUCUGCCUCCCAAGCGCUGGGAUUAAAGGCGUGCGCCACCACCGCCCGGCUAGAAUCUAAUUUCUCCCCAGGCUGCGGGGCCGGAGAUCAGGGAAGCCGCGCCUGCUGCCACGUAGGCUCGCAGCCAGCUUUCGGUUUCCGUGUGUGUCUCCAUCUUGCCUGCGCAGACGGGACAAACAACCGGAGCGAAGUCUCGGAGAUCUGAGCCACCCAGGUGCCACUUGGGGGCAAGACAGGUCUGGAUUUGCGUGGGAGGGGCAAGUUCGCUUGAACAUUAACAAAGGAAUGCCGUAAAACAAAGGCCACUGUUACAGGAAGUUCUGGUGAGCUGGAAGUGAACUCAAGGGCUCAAUAAAUCCUUUCAGUGUCUCGUUCCGUCCAGUUUUCUGGAGGUCUCCGGCGAGGACAGGCGAUAGUCUGAGCUACUGUUGAGUGGGAUGAGCCGGCGACCGCCCGGCAGCGCCUCUACUACAAGAACUCUGAAAGAGAUGAAGAAAGCCCUCCAAAAUGAAGUGGACAUCUCAUGGCACACGGAGCCCUGCUGAGUGGCUGGAAGCUGGAUGAGAGAGCCAGGCUGCUGGCUCCUGGAACAUGGCUAUGUGCUCCGUGUCUGCCGAGGUCAUCCACCAGGUGGAGGAGUCGCUGGACGAGGACGAGAAGGAAAUGAUGCUUUUCUUAUGUAGGGAUGUGGCCGAGAACCUGGCCCCACCUAACGUCAGGGACCUCCUGGGCAGCUUAAGUGAGAGGGGCCAGCUCUCCGUUGCUACCUUGGCCGAACUGCUCUACCGAGUGAGGCGCUUCGAUCUGCUCAAGAGGAUAUUGAAGACGGACAAAGCAGCCGUGGAGGCCCACCUGUGCAGAAACCCUCACCUUGUUUCUGAUUAUAGGGUGCUGAUGAUGGAGAUUGGUGAGAAUCUGGAUAAAUCUGAUGUGUCCUCGUUAGUCUUCCUUACAAGAGAUUAUACAGGCCGAGGCAAGGUGACCAAGGACAAGAGUUUCUUGGAUCUGGUGAUUGAAUUGGAGAAACUGAAUCUGAUUGCUUCAGAUCAAUUGAACUUAUUAGAAAAAUGCCUGAAGAACAUCCACAGAAUAGACCUGAAGACAAAAAUCCAGAAGUACAGGCAGUCUGGCCAAGGAACAGGAUCAAAUUAUAUGAAUUCUCUCCAGGCUUCUCUCCCAAACUUGAGUAUCAAGGAACCUUCAUAUACUUCAAGGCUUCAGAAUGGGCGAAGUAGAGAACAAAGAUUUGUGGAGUACCAUGGCGUUCAAAGAAAACCAGUGAAGACGUCCAUUCAGGAAUCGGGAGCUUUGUGGUCUCCGCACAUACACGAGGAGAGUUACAGGAUGCAGAGCAAGCCCCUGGGAAUCUGCUUGAUCAUCGAUUGCAUCGGAAAUGACACAGAAUAUCUACAAGAGACCUUCACUUCCCUGGGCUAUCAUGUCAAGGCUUUCUUGUUUCCCAGUGCGGAUGAUAUAAGCCAGAUUCUUCACCGAUUUGCCCUUCUACCUACACACAAAGACUAUGACAGCUUUGUAUGUGUCCUAGUGAGCCGAGGAGGCUCCCAAAGCAUGAUGGGUGUGGACCAGGCUCACUCGGGAUUCUCCUUGGAUUGUGUCAAGAGGAUGUUCAUGGGGGACAUGUGCCCUUCUCUAGUAGGGAAACCAAAGCUCUUCUUUAUUCAGAACUAUGAGGAGUUAGGCGGCCAGUCGGAAGACAGCAGCCUGGAGGUCGACGGGCCAGCAAUAAAAGACUUGGACUCCAAGGCCCUGCAUCCUGAUUCCUGCCUGACUCACAGGGAAGCUGACAUCUUCUGGAGCCUGUGCACAGCGGAUGUGUCCCAGCUGGAGCAGCCCUCUAGCUCCUCCUCCGUGUACCUGUGGAACCUCUCCCAGCAGCUGAAGCAAGAGAGGAAACGCCCACUCGUGGAUCUCCAUGUUGAACUCAUGGACAAAGUCUAUGCCUGGAACAGCAGAGUCUCUUCUAAGGAGAAAUAUUAUCUGAGCCUGCAGCACACUCUGAGAAAGAAACUCAUUUUGUCUUCUACAUGACAACCAAGAAGCCUUCCGGGUUCUUGGGGUGUAUGUAGGCCAGGGUGGCUUGGAGCUGACAAGCCUCUUGAUUGCUUGGGAAGGUCACACUUGCUCUGGUUCUAGGGUAAGCCCUGCUUCCUGAUUCUCCUGUAAACAGGCAACAGCCAUAACCCCUGCUGCUAUGGACCACGCCACUCCCGCCACCAUGCCUCCCCGCUAGGAGGCAAAGUAAACCUCUCCUCCUUAAGUUCCUGUGUCAGAUGUUUCCACACAGUGUGGAGAAUGAAUGAAUGGUAAGAUAUAAUCCCAUUGCUUCUUGGGUUUAUCUACCGAGAUAUGCUAAAUUAUUGUAAGGGUGAUAGUCUAUGGUUCAAGAUUUGAACUAUGACACUUGAAUGUAACUUAAGGAGGAGAAUUACCUGAGUUCGUCAUCUGAUUGGGUAAAUUGUUUCUAUGUCUGGAGUGUCUGCAUCUAGUCAUUUGUUAAUUUAUUGGCUAAUUAAGUUAUUAGAAGUAUCUAUGGCUUCAUGAACCCGGGGUUUCUGGCAUUGUUGCUCUUGUACUUGCACAUUUGUCUUGAAUGUUUGUGAGCUAGCUUCACAUGUAUGUUAUUUUUUCAAAAGCAGAUUUUAUUAUGUAUGUUUAAAGUGUAUAACCCAAGGCUCUGGAAUGCCCCGGCCAGCGGGGUCUUCAACGGGGACCUAAAGGGAGGGCUGGUGAAUGAGAGGGACAAGAGACACAAAGAAUGAGAGCAAGACAGGACGUCUGAUCAAGCUCCAAAAUUUUAUUUUAUUUUUUUCUUGAGGCAUAUAUAGGCAGGGGCAAAGGGGGGUGCAAGCAGGAAAGGACUUAAUUCUGGGCUGUUCGGCCAGCAGGAAAUGUUGAUCUGAGAGUUACCUAUCUACUCCUGUCUAACUGCCUAAUUGCCUAACUGCAGCUCAUUCACCUGAUACCUGAGAAGAGGUUCUGGUGCUCUGGAGACUUAAGCAAGGCCUAGAGCUAAGAAAAGAGAAGCCCAAAUAUGGCAGUAUGUAUGUCAAGGGUUGCUUAGGCUUAUGGCUCCCGUCACUGGAACACAUGUAGACAGAAAAAUGGUUACCACAGUAAUGAUUUAGCUUGUCUAUAAUUUCAUAUAGUUAACUUGUUUGUGACAAAAGCAGAGUAAAUCUAUUUAUUUAUUGAACACCAUUGAAACAAGCUUGGAAUUGUAGAAAAAGUCCUGUCAUACCAGGACUAGGCCGAGUGGGGUCAGAGGAUCACAAAUUCCCAGUCUGACUAUGUAGUAACUACGGUGUGUGUAGAGGGGGGAGGGGAGGCGGUGGCGGAGAGGAGACAAAUUAUAACAUAGUCUAAUUUUUUUAGCUGCUAUAAAAUGUGUUGAGACAGCUAAUAAUCCAAUUGAGGCCAUAAUCUAAUUUAAGAUUAGUAAUCAAGCAGGCCAUGGUAGCAUAUACUUUUAAUCCCAGCACCUGGGAGGCAGAGGCAGGCAGAUCUCUGAGUUCCAGGCCAGCCUGGUCUACAGAGUGAGUUCUAGGACAGAAUCAAGAAUACACAGAGAAACCCUGUCUUGAAAAUCCAAAAACCAAACACACACACAAAAAAAAGAAAGAAAGAAAAAAAAAGAAAAAGGAGAGAGAGAGAGAGAGAGAGAGAGAGAGAGAACAGUAAUCACUAGUAAUCCCCCCCUCCUCCAGCAUCUUCCAGGCAGAACAGCACUGAGGCACAUGAACUCUCUCUCAGAGAUUGGGGCAGCAGGCACAGGAUCUACACAGAUUCAAACCAGACAAAACCCCAGCACUGAGAAAGGGUAUAGGUCAACACAAAAUAGACUCCAUUUUGUGUGUGUGUGUGUGUGUGUGUGUGUGUUGCUUUUUUUUGUCUUUCUUUCUUUCUUUCUUUCUUUCUUUCUUUCUUUCUUUCUUUCUUUCUUUCUUUCUUUCUUUCUUUCUUUCUUUCUUUCUUUCUUUCUUUUGAGAGAGAGAAGAACACAAAGUUGAGGGAGCAGGGAGGUGGUGGAGGGCCCGGGCAGAUGAGGGAGGGAGAGAGAACGCCUCACAGGGGUGAAGUGUGAGGUUCUUUACCACCGUUUCUGAGCUGUGUUCUUUUAACAUUGAUGGCACCACUCGACGGCACUGUUUUGGAAGGGGCUGUUUUGGAAGGACUGAAUCAAACUUUGAAACGUUGGUGGGGUUUGGCAGGUUGAGACAGAGAAGAGGAAAUAAACCAAGAGAAGGAACAGACAGGAAGUAUGUUUAGAAACCUUGGGUGUCACUUUUAGCUGGAGCAGAUGUAAGUAGCAAUGGGUGGUGAGCUAGGAGGGGGAAAGGGUCCAAGUGUGGAGAGCCUUGAAGGCCCCCAGCUUUUCCUUUUAGGUAACUGUCAUAUGAGAUGUUUUCCUUAAUUUAAUAAUGGGGUCUUUGAUUCCUUCUAUGGCACUUUUGUACACAACAUUAGGUUUCUUGUUUUUCACUGAGUAUGGUUCCCACUGAAAUAUUUUAGACAUACUAAAAGGUAAUGAUGUAUAGAAGACAAUGAAUACCCAGCUUGAAUAAAAUGUCCUAAAUGUGUAUAGGAGUAUUCUUUAAAAAAAAAAAAGAUUUACUUAUUUAUUUAUUAUGUACAGUAUCCUGCCUGUAUGUAUGCCUGCAGGCCAGAAGAGGGCACAAGAUCUCAUUAUGGAUGGUUGUAAACCACCAUAUGGUUGCUGGGAAUUGAACUCAGGACCUCUGGGAGAGCAGCCAGUGCUCUUAACCUCUGAGCCAUUUCUCCAUCCCGGUCCUGGUGUUUUAUCACAGCAAUAAAAAAGGAAGUAAUACAGUAGUUAUGGUCUUCAUUGUUAUUUCUUCCCAUUUUAUAGAUGAGGAUGAUGAGGCACAGUAAUAUCAGCAGCUUGCCUAGAAUCACCCUACACUAGGGUAUGAGCUUAAGCUGUAAGGAGAGUCAUGUCACGGCCCUGUGACACAUGGGCUCUACAGAGUGUUGUUACCUGAACAGUGUUCAUAUAACAAGGGCUCAUUGCUAAUAUUACAUGAAAGAGGCAUUUAAAACAUGAAAUAGUUUAUCUAGUAUGUUUACAGUAACUCUCUUUUGGGUAAAACCAGAAACAUAGGUCAGAAAGAAGCCUUGUAAAAUGGAAUAGAAAUGGCAGGACCGUGACAGAUAACGUCUCUUGUUUCUGUUUUCUAAAUGUUCAUCAGUAUCUGUCUGUGGUGGUUUGAAAGAAAAUAGCUCUCAAAGGGAGUGGCACUAUUAGGAGCUGUGGCCUUUGUGAAGGAGGUGUGGCCUUGUUGGAUAAGUGCAUCACUGUGGGGGUGGGCUUUUAGGUCUCUUUUGCUCAAGUUUCCCUCAGUGUGACACUCAGUCUACUUCCUGUUGACUUCUGAUCAAGGUGUAGCCAGCACCGUGUCUGCCUGCACACCACCACGCUCCCCACCGUGACGAUAAUGGACUGAACUUGUGAACUGUAAGCCAGCCACCCCAAUGAAGUGUUUCCCUUUAUAAGAGUUGCUGUGGUCAUGGUGUCUCUUCCCAGCAAUGGAAACCCAACUAAGACAAGUUGGUACCAGAGACUGGAGUAUUACUGUGAUAGUCCUGACCAUGUUUUUGUUUGGAGGAAUUUGGGCUUUGGUACUUUGGGUUAGGAAAGCAGUGAAAUGCUUUAAGUACUGCUUAAUGGGCAUACUAGUAGGAGCAUGGAAGACAGUGGUGCUGAGGGUGACUUGCACUGCCUGGGGCUAGAUCAAGAAGUUUCAGAGAAUUUUAGUGUGUUGUCUAGAAAUUGUUCUUGUGAUAUUUUGGUGAAGAAUGUGGCUGCUUUUUGCCCUUGUCUGAAGAGUCUAACUAAGGCUAAAGUGAAAAACACAGAAAAUACAACCAAGCUAAAGGUCAUUUUUCCUAUGUUAUCAUCUAGAAAUUGUAAUAUUUUUGCAUUUUGUGCAUCUGUGAUAAAUUUUGAAUUAAUUUCGUAAAAGGUGUAAGAUUGAUAUGCCGAUUUUUUCAUGCUUACUGGUUCAUUCUGUACUAUGUACUGAAAAAGAAUCCUCUUAUUGAAUUGCUUUGGUCCUUUUCAAAGGUCAGUUGAUUUUAUUUGCAGGUUCUAUUUGUAGACUUAUUUGUGUUCUAUUUAUUCACUGAUGUACUGUCUUGAUUGCUGUGGCUUUAUAUUGUCUUGAUGUACAUCAUACUGGGGGGAUAGCAGAUUUUGACUAUAAUGUGUUUUUUAUUUUGGGGGGGAUCGUUUUUCUUUUACAUGUAGCUCAGAUCUGGGAUUUAUGAUAUGUCUCUGCUUCCUGAGUGCUGGGAUUCCAGGCAUUAUCACACUGUUUUCAUUUUAAGAAAUCUCUAAAUCACAUUAAAAAAAAACCUUUUUUUUUUAAAAAGAAUGUCUGAUGUCUUUAAUAUUUAUCAACAGAGCACAUGUAUGACAUAAUAUCUUUUUUGUCUUCUCUUCAUUUAUAGGGCCAUAUCUGCAUGUUUUUAUAUGAUAUUAAUGCCAUUCACACUUUUUCACUAUUUAAGCAAAGGGAUAAACAAAACAAAACAAAAUAAAAACCUAUACUGGGU